GUUAUAUGCUGUGGAUGUCAAAGUAGUUGAUAAAAUGUGAAGUUAUUUUGCGUGUUUGUGGUCUAAGUAUGGUGCUUCCAGCUCGUUCCUUGCCUCUGUGAUGUUGGAAUAAAACCUAGAGUGAUGGGAACAAAUUCCUCACUUCCAGACCGUGGUCAGUCGGCUCCGAAGUCUCCAUUUGCCCGUCUUUCUGCGGUGUACGGUGUUUCCGAUGGAGAACUCAGUUCACGGGAGAAAAAGAAAAAGGCCUCCAAAUUUGCCACCUUGCGGCGUAAGCUAAUACGAGUUCGACGACACAGUAGAUCAUUAGAUUACGGGAAAUCUUUACGGGAAUUAAUAUCGUCUUGGCAUGUGCGAGAUGUUAGUGCCCUUGUUCAGGAAUAUGAGGCACUGGUAUCGCUCAAAGAACUUGCACUGGCUGCAAACCUAGCUCGGCCUAAUGCCAGCACACUUCGGCAAGACUUGUCCACAUUAUAUGACUGGAAAUUAUGUACAGAUGUUGAUUUAUUAUAUAAGGGAACAUGUUUCCCUGCCCACCGAUCUUUGCUUGCAAUUAGGAGUCCAUUUUUCCGUGAUCUAUUGUCGCGGUAUCCAGACUAUGGUGUAUCAGUCCCGGUAAAGUUAAAAACCUCAGGUGUGGAUGUGACACUGUUUUCUGCAUUGCUGCGAUAUUUGUAUACUGAUGAACUGAAUACGCAAGAGCUCAAUUUGGAGAACAGCGAGAUACUUCAAAAGCUGGCUUUGGAGUUUGGUGUGCCUAAUGCCGUGGAGCAUGACCUUAGGACUCUGUUGGAGACCGGGGAAUACAGUGAUGCUGUCCUCGUGUUCUCCACGGAAACCGAACAGUACGACUUGAUGACUGCUAGCACCAGUGAUGCCUCGCAUGCUAUGCAGUACUCUAACAGGACUUCUAGGCUCGAAUUCCCAUGCCACAAGGCCAUCCUGGCAGCUAGGUCACCUUUUUUCAGGAACUUGAUAAUCCGUCGAGCCCGUUCUGGUGAGGAGCUUACGGAGCGGGCAUUGCACACUCGUUCACGGAUAGUGUUAGAUGAGUCUGUGAUCUCUCGACGGUACGCUCGCGUCCUGUUGAACGCAAUCUAUCAGGACUGUGUGGACUUGUCGUGCAUCGUCCGAGGCAGCUCGAGUAUGUGCAGUCUGAGCGAGGUGCAGGCCAUGGUGUCCAGCGGCAAGUGUCAGAUGACCAUGGUGGAUGAGGCCAUGGAGAUCUACCAGAUCGGGCAGUUCCUCGAUUUUACUGUGCUCUCUCAAGGUUCCGAGGACAUCAUUGUUGACAACAUCUCGACUGAUAACCUGACAUCUGUGUUAAACUGGAGUUCCGAAGCACAUGGGUCUCCCUGGGUUCACCGACAAGGACUACACUACCUGAAGGAAGAGUUCAUACAGAUCGCACACUCCCCGGUGCUGCAUGAUCUUAGCAAAGAGUACAUGAUAGAGGCACUUCGUUCAGAUUUCCUGCAGGCAGGAGAGCUGGAUGUGCUGAUUGCAGUGUUGAAGUGGGGUGAGCAGCAGCUGGUCCGUAGAAUAGAAGAGAGAGAACCAAAUCUUCUGAGUCAUACCGCUCACAGUGUUGCUAAGAAAGGUGUGAAGAAACGAGACUUGAAUGAUGUCGAGCUGAGAGAUAUCUUGGCGGACAUAUUACCAUUGGUCAGGCUGGACCAUGUGAUACCAUACAGUAACGAUACUCUAAACGGUGCAAUAAAACGAGGGCUUGUCAGUACCCCUCCAUCGCACAUGAUUGGAGAUGAAAGUCCGGGACACAAAAUUUGUGCGUGGGUUCGAGGGAAGAACAAUGGAAUAUAUGUGAGACCACGAUUGUUCAUUCCUUACUAUGAAGAAGCAAAGUCUGUAUUAGAAGACCAACUGUCCUUGGCUCACGAGCAGGACUCGAGUCGAGUGAGAAUGAUCAACAUGUCAUCUAUCCCCGACACCCUGUACAUGGUGGAGGACCGGCACUACACCAUGCCCUACGCUCUUUCUCCAGCAUCCACAGUGGACAUCAUUGCUGGCACGAUACCCGUUCCUGACCGUAACACAUUAGUUACAAUGCUGCAGCGAGAAGCCGAGCUACAGCGAUCCAGGGUGGCCCAGCGAGCGUACGCCCUGCCGUAUUCGGACAAGCGUGCGGUGAGUUCCCAGAUCCAGCUGCGCGUGGUGCGGGAGUUUGGGCUGCCCGACAACACCGUGGAGGUGAUGACCAACAGCCAGUACUACUACUCGGAGGAGACACGCUUCUCUGAACGCCGCUACAUCGCCUCGCCGGCACGCAAGAAACACAGCCCAGUCCUGUCUCUGUCACCUUCACCUCCAUAUAGUCCCACUGUGAAUGAAGCCAGUAGUGAAAGUGUUUUAAGUGACACAAUGCCUGAUAUUGCCAUGGCAACAUCGUCCAUGAGUCAGCUGCACAUGCAUGAAGAUUUUGAAUUGGACAUUGGUGAUGGAAACAGCCACCAUGGGACUCUGUACAUUUGAAUCACUCGGUUACAUGUUCACCUGUGUACAUAUUAUCUGUGUUGUAGCACCUGUAAUUAACUGCUACAUGUCAUUACCUCAUCAAGCUAAUUCGUUAAAAGCUGGUAAUAUGCAGACCAAGUGCAAUAUCAGAUUGGUAGUCAGGUUUAUUACUGUUCGGAAAAUGUCUUUAAAGGUCUUGCAUUAUUUUCUUGAUUUUCUCUAUCUGUGGUAAAUUUCAAGCUUUUACUUGACUUCUUUCAAAACUUAACAACUGCUUGAUAAUUAGAUAUUUAGAAUUAUACUUCUUGUAGACCAGUCAUUAAUUAGAAGAGUAACAGACUUCACUGCUUCAAAAAUAUUAAAUUAUUAAUACAUGAUGAUUUUACUACAUGUUUAUUUUAUUUAGUUAACAGUUAAACAAAUUUCGAUUUAAAUAGGUGAUGUAAUUUUUAAAAUGUGUUAAUGUUUGGUGGGGAAAAUUAUGCAUUGGAAAAUUCUCCGUCCAGUCUUUUGUGUAAAACUGCUGGAUGAAAGAGAAAUAAUAUAUUUAACAGAGUGGUCUGAUUGUAAUUUCAACUUCUUGCAAUGAUUAUAUAGAGAGAGUGAACUCUUUCGUAUGUGCUCAUGUACCACGAAGGUUUCAGGCACACCCAUCCCGAAACUUAACCUCCGACAUCGCCAGUGACUAUGAUUCAAUUUUUUUUUAGCCCCAGGUUAGCUUGGAUCUAUUAGUAUCGGGGUGAUAGCUUUUGAUUACAUGUUAUAGAGAACUGCCUUUCUGAUCACAGUCAACCCCAUUGAUAAAGUAAUAGGAUUACAUUUCCACUUCGAGUAUUAAGAUAUUCUGAAUCUGCUAUUCAUGUUUUGUGCAAUAUCAAUUGAAAUGUUAUGUUUUUAUGCAAUUUGACUUUAGUAAUUAGUAAAUUAUGACAAAAUUUGACUAAAUUCUAUUUUCUUUCAUGUUUUGCUACCUCAUAAAGUAAUUUUUUUUUUUUUUUUUUGGGUCUAAUCAAUACUGUGCUCCUAGAAAAUGUAACCAUUCUUGCAAAACUUUAUUCUGGACUUUGAUGUCAUACAAAAUACAUUCAUGAAUAUUCACUUUCAAAUGAAAGCCUUAAGUUUAAAAUAUUUUAUGAAUAGUUUCUGUUUUCAGGUUAUCUAUAAAAAAAUAAUUAAUGUUUAGACUGCUGAAUGAAGUUUGACAAAAAUUAAGUUGAUUGGGUACCAGAAUAUCACUUAGAUAUUUUGACUAUAAAAAAUACAAUGUGACAUUAGAAUAAUAAAGUCAUAGGUAAAAGUAUAGGUAAAAGUAUAUUAGAUAUAAUGAUCCAGAGUUGUAAAUGAAUUUGUAAAUGCCAUUAUUAUGUAUAUGUGUGUAAAUAGAUUUAACGUGUAACCACUUGAUAUUAUAUUGUAUGUGUAUACUGUGGUUACUUGAAUAUAGUACUUCCAUUGAGCUAAUCCAUCCAAGGUUUGAGGGGGAUCUAAGCCAUUAUAUUGGGGCUUGACAAAGUGCUUGUGUUUAACAUGUGAUGUUGAUCCUCUGUGAUAAUGCACUUAACUCUUGGUAGCACAACAAAAACUGAGGAAAGCCUGUGGAUGUGUUAUUGAUCUUCAGUUAACCAGGUAGAAGUAGACCUGAAAUAUGUUUGUAAUUAAUGUAAACAGGUUUUUUUUAGGUCAGAACACAUUUUUCUGGGCAGCAAAAUUAAUUUUUUAACAAACACAUGUUGUUACAGUUCAAAUUAUUAAUCAGAUUGUGUUAAAUUUUAAAUCUUGAAAUGCUUUUUUACUUCAUUCUAACAUAAUUGCUUAGCUGUUCAAGUAUUUGACUUUGGGACUUCAUUUUUGUACAUAGUUACGACAUAUUUGACGGUUAAUAGUUACUGUUGAUGUAACUUUUUAUAAUGCCAGGUAAAACAGUUUGAGAAUAAUCUGCAUUUGAUAAAUGACAUAUAACAAUACAGGGCCUAAACAAUAACAGUGUUAAUUUGUGUUGUAAUUAACCAGAAUUAUUAUAUUUACUUAGUACAUUAUAUUGGAAAUGGUUUAUCUCAGAUUAAUGGUUAAUUAUUGAGAGUAACAUGUUACAUGUCCAUGGUUUUCCAAAAUAAUGUGUUGUAUUUAAACAGUAAUAAAUUAAACUGGUUAAAUUGUAGUGAGCUCUUCGAUUGCAAGUGUAUCAUUUGCAUCCAGUUGACCUCACAGCACAAAAUGUUUUUCUUGUAACACAAGGUGUGAUUGGCAUUAAACACAGGUAAAGCUUGCUGUGUCCAACAUUAGCUGAAAGUGACAGUUAAUUGGGUAAAUAUAUUUUUAUUACAUACUGAUGCAGACAUUAAACAAAGGUUACGCUUCACCAGAACAAAAUUCUAAAACAAAUACUGAGACUGUUAUUUUGUGUGUUAUACACAUUACUGUUAUAUUUUAGGUGAAAAUACAAAACUUGUGUACAGAGUGUAUGGAAAAUACUUGUGGAAUGAGUACAUUUACUAUGUGGAAAAUACUUUACUUGUGGAAUGAUUAUUUACAUUGUAUAUGGAAGAUCUUUUACUUGUGGAGUAUGUUUACAUUGUAGGUGAAAAAUACUUAGUUCUGGAGGGAGUACAUAGAAAAUAUUUUACAUGUGGAGUUGAACCUGUAUAUUUUACCAAACAUAACACUUGACAAGGCGAUUUUAGAUUGUUCACAAAUAUGUUAGUUGUUCUUCUUGCCUCUUGGUCUGCUGUCCAAUUUUCUAGGCAGCAAUUUAGAUAGUAUCCUACUUAGCGGCGUCUCUGAAUAGCACAUGUUUAGAUAUAUUAUAAACUAUUAAAGUAGAAUAAUUCAGUUUUUGCAAAUACAUGUAUAUGCAAAUUGCCAAAAAUAUGUUGUGUACAAUUUUUGUUGGCACUAGGUUAACCAGAUGUAUAUAGAAGUUUGAAAAGUUCAAGUGUAUUUUAAUGAAUUUAUGUUAUUUUCAGGUUGGAAACAUUUAAAAAGGUGUCUAGAAUUUUAAGUUAGUUGAGUGUAAUUUACAAUUAAAAAAAGAUUAUUUACAGAAAAUGCUUUAAAAUAAUUGGCCCAUUUUGUUUUUGUAUAUUUUGUUUUUAUGAUCAAGUGUUGAACACUUUAACUUAUAGUAAUAUAUUAUAAAAUCAGUUGGCAAGAGAAAUUUGUAAAACACCAUUAUAGAAAUUUUAUUACAUUUUCCAAGGAUUAUGCUUGAAUUUUUAUGUAUAUUUUGAUCUCAUUGAAGCACAUGUAUAUUUCACUUGACAUGGUCAUGUGCCCAGGGCAGACCACUGCUUUAUUCACAUAUGUGUUAUAUGUCUGUAUAUUGUCAUAUUGUUUUUAAUGCACAUACUGCCACCAUAUCUGUGUGAUAUUGAAGGAGCAAUCUCAGUCCCUAUGUUUUCACAUUACUUACAUAGAGAAAUAAUCGGUAUAGAUAAAUAUAUAAUAUAGGGAAUCAUGUCUAUGUUCCCUCAGCUAACCCUAACCCUGAGGGAACAUAGAGCUUAGGAACCCUAACCCUAACUCUGAGGGAACAUAGAGCUGACCCCUAAUAUAGUGGGGGGAAUACUGGUGCUAUGCACGAGUACUUUCCAACUAUAUGUGUAUUGAUUAAUUGAUGUAUAUGUUAUAUUAGUUACUAGAAUACUAUCACUGCAUUUUACCGUUUCAUUUGUUCUGUGUAGUGGCUAUGAAAAGUAAUUUCUCUUAAAUUUACUUUGUCAGCGACAGAGAAAUUAGUGGAGAAGUUAAACAAAACAAAAACUUUAAACCAAACACCAAAGAUUAAAAUAAGAAGAAAAAUAUUAAAUCUGCCAUGCAAAUAUUUCUAUUUUAUUAAAAAGUAUUAAGUUUGGAAAUAUGGUUUAUCAUGAAUCCACACUUCCUGUGACCCAGUAACCUAUAAUGGAGAAUUAAAAGUACCUGAUAACACCUAGUGACCUACUUUGUUAACAUGAUGACUUUGGCAUUGUUUUGUGUUAUCGGAUCAGUUAGAAAUUGGUUGCUUAUUUUUCAAACAUCCAAUGCCAGCAAUAAAUGCUGAAUGCAUAAAUAAAUAUUAUUUUUACACUUUUGUACUACUUGAAUACCUUUUGUUUUUCAACUGCCCCUAUUUGCAACGAGCUAGCAUUUUGAUUUAAACAAAACGAACAAAAAAGUAGCUUCUUGCAAAGGAUGGUCUACAUUAGAACAGUGUCAGGUGUCACAUAGCCACAUGAAGAGUAGUGUGACUUAAGAUAGUGACAUAGAUCGUCCUUAAGUGAGAACUAAAUCUGUUUCUCUUCACACACAAAAUAUAGCUUGAAACCAAAUAAACACAAUAUCAAAACAUAGUAACCUAAUAUUCUAUAAAUCAGCACCAAAUAUUUUUUGUAAUGAUUUAUACACUUCUAACCAUUAUGUACUAUCCUGUCUGUGGGAUGGUGCAUAUAAAAGAUCCCUUGCUGCUAACAAUAUGUCUAACCAUAUAACCGUAAAUAAAAUGUGUUGAGUGCGUUGUUAAAUAAACCCAUUUCCUUCCUUUCUUCUAACCAUUAUUGAUAUAAAUGCUAAUAACUGACAGUUCUUUAUUACAUAUUUUUCUGUUUUAAACUUAUCUUUUCACAGUUUGUUAUUUAAAAACUAAAAAAUAUUAAUUUUUCUUUGUAAUAGGUAAAGGGAAAUAACUCUUCUCAAAAUGUUAAAUGGUGUACUCAGAAGAAAAAAUAAAAUGCCACAGUAACAUUUAAUCUAGAUUUCAUUCUGUUAGAAAUUUGUCUAAGUCUUUGGGUGACAUAUGCUACAGAUAAUAUUAGAAUGUACAAUUGGUCAGUCAUCCUUAAUUAAAAUUAGAGUUAAAGAACUGUGUAUCUUAUCUUAGAUAAAAAUACACGAUGUUUUUCCAAAUAUGAAAAAGAAAUAUAUAAAUAGGCAUAUAGUAAUGAAACGAGCAAACUUUACAGCACAUUUAUAACACUACACAUUUUAUAGAUGUAAGAAAGUUACUUUAAUAGCCGCUCCCCAGAAUGAUAUAGAAGUGCAUUUAACUUCACCUGAUUUAUAAGUGAAAUGGUCUGCAUUGAAAUGAAUGUUAUGCACAGGCUGUAGUAUUUUCUCAGCUAUUAGCUUGGUUUACAGGUGACUUUUUUUAAUUUCGUUCUUUUACAUUAUGUACCAUAUCACUAAGCUGGGUUUCCAUCUUACUAUCUUAGAUCUGUGAUUAAGUAAUUAAGCAAAAACAUAUUUUAUUGAAAACAGAAUUUAAUAUUGGUAACUAUUAUGUCAGACAUCAUGUCCCUAUAUCCUUAUGAAUCAUUGUUAGAAACAUUUCAAUGAUUGUACUGUUAUUGUUGAGUUUGCUCCAUACAUGUGUUUAGAUUUUUCUCUUCUUCAGAACAUGCUCUUACUCUACAUGCAGGAUCCUUUGUUUGCCAUGUUUUGUUGUUAGGAGAUUUAAUCUGUGUUAAAUUAUUGCUUGCCAAGUUGUUUCUGUACAUAUUUGCAUUUGGUUAUGUCUGUGUGAUCAUCUUUUUGUAAAUUAAUAAAGUAAAUAAUGUUU